AUGUGGAGCCCCGCAAUAUUGUCCACUAUUCUCGCCCUGAUAUGCUCUUCUUAUGCUUCAUUGGAUGUGCACUUGGCGAUCGGAACGUUUCGUGGUGUGGCAACAGCUAAUAACACAGAACGUUGGCUUGGCGUUCCCUUUGUCGAACCACCAGUGGGUGAACUGCGCUUCAAGGCGCCUGUCAGCAUAUCCAAACCACUCCCAGGCAUCCAAAAUGCCUCAGUUUUCGGCGAUGCAUGUCCUCAACCCCCAGACCCCACUCUAGGCGCACCCAUAAGUGAAAAUUGUCUCCACCUCAAUAUUUGGCGCCCGUCGAACACCAGCGCUGUUGCCAAACUUCCAGUCUUGUUUUGGAUUCAUGGAGGGUUUUAUAUGCUAGGCGCGUCCUCCAACCCUGCCUUUGAUCCUACUCGCAUUGUCCAACGUAGCGUGACCGCUGGAAAGCCCAUCAUCUUUGUUUCUACAAAUUACCGUUUGAAUACAUUCGGCUUCCUCGCGAGCAGCAAUGUCCCUGGAGCAGAUCUCAAUGCUGGGCUGCUAGAUCAACAGGCCGCUCUGGAAUUUGUACAGGAGAAUAUCGCCCAGUUCGGGGGAGAUCCUGCCAAAGUUACGUUGUGGGGACAGUCUGCUGGCGGCGGGUCUGUGGAAGCGCAACUUCUGUAUUCAUCUGGCGAUCUGUUCCGCGCAGCGAUAAUGCACUCAUCGUCAGGUCCAUUCAAAACAUCUCCGCCUCCUAGCACCUAUGACGAACCAGGCAAGGCCUAUGCUAAUCUCGUCAAUGCCACUGGCUGUCCUACUGGCCCGGCAUCACUAUCUUGUCUGCGCCAACUGCCUUUGGAUACCCUAACGAACGUUAGCAAUACGAUGAUUAGGGCUACCCUGAAUAAUCAACUAUGGAAUCCGACCGUAGGGCCGUCUGGGACUUUCGUACCGGAGCUUGCCUCUACACGUAUCGCGAGCGGGACUUUCAAGCAUAUUCCGAUCAUCGGGGGUUCGAACCUCAACGACGGUUCCAUCUUCAGCACGACUCUGCGUAACCUCAACCUCACUGGGGACGCGCAGGACGAUGCGUUCGAUAACUUUGUCCUCGGCCAGCUGAUCGACUCGUCCCGCGUCACUUCGAGCACCCUUGCGCGGCUGCGCGCUCUCUAUCCCGCGAACGACUCAUCUCUCGGCGCGCCGUUCAACACCGGCGACUCGCUCUUCGACCGCGGGUCCGCAUGGUACGGCGACAACUCGUACCUGUCGCCGCGGCGGAGGCUACUCGAGAAAGCGGCGAGCUUGCAGAAUGCCUGGGGCUUUUUCUUCGAGGAGUUUUUUCCCGGCGCUGAUCCGAGCCUCGGAGUGUCCCAUGGCUCGGAGCUGAAGCUGCUCUUUGGGCCCGUCCCUGCUGCCGUCGAGGAGGAGUUCGCCAACACGUAUCUGGACCUAUACCUCAAUUUUAUUCACGAGCUCAACCCAGGCCCUUCAUGGUCUAAGUACGAGCCUCAGACAAGGCGGGUGCUGCAGCUAAAGAGGAACAAUCUCACCAUGAUCGCAGAUGAUUUUCACAGUGAUAGAACUGAUUUCCUCAACUCAGACGAAGUUCUGCGCGAAUUCAUUCGUUGACGAGGACUACGAGCUGUAUAUCAUUCGAGACCUCUACCGAAAUCAUCUAUGCAUCUAGCCCUACACGAAACAUGGUCGACAACCGAUCGUCCCAAAACUGCCGAAUGAAACUGAAAUCGC